AUGGCCUUAAAGUUGGUGCUCGUAGUCCUGACAAUCGUCGCUUGCGCACAAAGUCGCGUGUUCUACAACUUGCGACCAAUCAGAGUGGUCCAUUCAGAUCUCCAGCCAGCCGCGUCCAUAGUACAUGCUGAGCCAAAACACUUCGAGCACCAUAUCUCAGAAGAUGAGCACGUUGAUUAUUAUGCGUAUCCGAAGUAUGUCUUCAAAUACGGCGUGAAUGACUUCCAUAGUGGUGACAUCAAGACCCACCACGAGAGUCGGGAUGGUGAUGUUGUUAAAGGUCAAUACACGGUGGUUGAACCCGACGGUUCUAUCCGCACAGUGGACUACACAGCUGACAAACACAACGGGUUCAACGCUGUAGUACACAAGACUGCCCCUAUCUCACCCCAUGAAGCUGCUCAUCUUCAUCACUAAGACAUAAGAGAUGUUAAACCAACUGGACUUCCAAUUGAAACUUUCU